CCAAGGUGGUGUGGACUCCCCAGGAUGCUGAGCAACAUGUUAGAGUUAAACUCUUCAGGCUCUAGGGAUGAAGAUAGUUCUGUCUUUUCAGAGACCGAACACAGCAUCAUUGCAGCUUACCUGAUUAUGGCAGGUAUAAUAAGCAUUCUCAGCAACAUAAUAGUUCUGGGCAUCUUCAUCAAGUACAAGGAGCUGCGGACACCCACGAAUGCGGUGAUUGUGAACCUGGCUCUCACCGACAUAGGGGUCAGCAGCAUUGGCUAUCCUGUGUCUGCAGCUUCAGAUCUGCAUGGAAGUUGGAAAUUUGGAUAUACAGGCUGUCAGAUUUAUGCUGGAUUGAAUAUCUUUUUUGGAAUGGUAAGCAUUGGCUUACUCAUGGUUGUGGCUGUGGACCGGUACCUGACCAUCUGCUGCCCUGAUGUCGGAAGAAGAAUGACCACCAGCACUUACGCCAGCAUGAUCCUGGGCGCCUGGACCAAUGGCCUGUUUUGGGCUUUGAUGCCCAUCGUGGGGUGGGCAAGUUAUGCCCCAGAUCCUACCGGGGCCACCUGUACCAUAAACUGGCGGAAAAAUGAUGUAUCUUUUGUGUCUUACACCAUGAUGGUUAUUGUGGUGAAUUUCAUUGUGCCUUUGACAGUGAUGUUUUACUGUUAUUACCAUGUCACUAAGUCCAUGAGACUCCAUGCGGCCAGGAACUGCACUGCACACCUCAAUAGGGACUGGGCGGACCAGGCAGUUGUAACAAAGAUGUCCGUGAUAAUGAUACUGAUGUUUCUGCUGGCGUGGUCCCCUUAUUCCAUUGUGUGCUUAUGGGCUUGCUUUGGAGACCCAAAAACGAUUCCUCCUUCAAUGGCCAUCAUAGCUCCAUUGUUUGCAAAAUCCUCUACGUUCUACAACCCCUGUAUUUAUGUUGCUGCUAAUAAGAAGUUUCGGAAGGCCAUGUUUGCCAUGUUUAAAUGCCAGCCUUACCAAGCAAUUCUUGAAACAAGUUCUGUACCAAUGGAUAUGCCUCAAAGCCCAUUGUCUCCUUGA